AUUUAUUUUAUUAAUUUAAAGUAAACAAAUAUGAUAGAGAAUACACUAAUUUUUAUCAAAUAUUUAUUACUCAAAAUUAUUAAUUUUCAUAUAUACUUUAGCUACAUUAGGCAAUUCCGUAAUUUUUAUUUAAGAAAAGAAUAAAAAACAUUAAUAACAAAUUUAUGGUUAGUAGAAAAAAAAACUUAUUAUAUAUUUAAAUGAACCAACAUAUUUUUUUAAGGUUUCUAAUAUUCAUUGUGGUUAUGACACAUGACUAACUCAAAUGUUGUAAUGCUUCUAUUUUAAUAGUAUUGAUGGAUAUGUAAUAAUAGUCCACCGGUUGAUAAAAAAAAACAUUGAAUAGAUUGUUUUAUGUUUUAUCGUAAGUCAUAAAACACCAUUUAUUAUUAUAGUCACCAAAAUUCACCUCCACUUGGACUUGUCAACCUCUCAACCUAACUCUGAAUAUACAAAUUUUAUAGCAAAAUCUUACGUUGAUAGUUGUAAGAAAAUAGACAUCGACAUGUGAUAUGCAACAGCAUGUAAAAAGCAUAUGGACAUUAACCAUCACAAACAACUUUAUGGGGUAUGUAAAUUCAGAACGCUAUCAAAUAAUAGAACCCUUAGAAAUAUCAUCAAUGCCAAAUAUACAUCUCAAGCUGGUUAAUAGGAGAUCACUCAAAAACAUUGACGAAUCACGCGAACCCAAAAAGUUCAAACUCGUCUUGGAAUACGAAAAUAAUACUCCCACUUCGACAAGAUGAAUUCAAAUGAAACAUUAAAUGCUGAACUUCUAGUAAUACUAGUAUUGAAUGCUUUUAAGUACUAUUCUUAAUCCGAGGUUUAACUCACACGGACAAUCAAAGAUUCCUUUGCUUGCGGCAUGCACUUUAGCAAGUAAACACAAUAACACAGGAGAGACAAUCUACAUUGUCUUCCGCAUAGCCCAACACGUUGAUGACUGUCGAAAGUUCUAACGAUUUUGGUAUAGGACUUUCAAUGUAUGUCCUUGUUUAAUCGUUGUUCGUUCGUAUCUAUAGGCUUAUAUGCCACAAAUGCAUUGAUCUGUACAUAAAAAACCUUUCUAUUAUCAUUUGGAACACACAUAUAUAUAUAUAUUCAAAGAUUAAGUUUAUUGAAGACAAGUUCGAACUCAAAUGAAUCUCAAAAGUGGACGGGGAUAAAUUAAACUCUGUAUAAUCAACUUUCCAACGAAUACCAAGUCACUGCCAUCGAGAUUGAUAUAUCCAUGGAUUGGGAAUUGCAUAAUAUCUGCAGAAAUAAAAAUUCAAAACUUGAAUUAUAUUUAAUCUUAGAAUAUUUUUUUUUUUAAUUUUGUUAAUUUUAUUAUUUGCUUACAAUAUUUAAUUUUAAAUUUUAAUUUAAUUAUAUGUAAAAAUGAACAAAAAUAAAUAAAAUUAUAUUUAAUUAUAUAUAUCAUAUAUUUAAAACUAUAUUCUUGAAAAAAAUUUGUUAUCUAUUUAUUUUAGUUAAAAUAUAUUAAAUCAAAUUCUAUAAAAUUAAUCGAAAUUUUUGUUAGGUAUAUAAUCAAAACGUAAAAUUAAAUAUUUCUAAAAUCUGUAGAUUUCAAAAAGAAACUAAAGUUAUUGGAAUUAGAAAAUUAAAAUUUUAAAACAAAACUGCAUUAAAUUCUGAAGAAAUGUUUUAGUAAUAAAAAUUAUAUUACUAUAAAAAUAAGAUUAAUUAAUAUUUUGACAAUUGUAAAAUAUUAUUAUAUUUAUAUUUCUACUAUAAUAUGAGUACUAUUUAUUGUUAUCAAUGAUGAUUUAUGAGUUAUUACUAUAUUUUAAAAAAGUUACCAAAAUAGUAAUUAAAAUUAAAUGUAAAUGUCUAUAUUACAAUAAAGUUCAAUCCACGUUAUUAUUGUUAGUAUACCAUAUCGUUAUUUUUCUUUCAAAAUCAAUGUGGUUUAUGACAAACUAUUUCUUAAAUAAUAUCUAGGAUAUUAAGUAUCAACGAUUUCAAUAUAUAAAUAUAGUAUAAAUAUAUACAAUGACAUAAUUUAUGUAAACAAAUUGUAUUAAAUAAGUUAAACAAUAUAUUUUAGCUAAAACAAAGAAACAGCUCAGAAAAAGUAAUACAACCAUUUUUGUUAUGUGCUAUUAUGAAUUUUAUUUUUUUAUGAAAGAUUCCUUUCCCUUUUUGUGUUCUUUCUUACUACAUAGUAAAUAUAUACAUAUAUAUAAUCCGGUUACUAUUGUUUCCUGUAAAUAAAGAUAUAAAAUUUUAAAUAGCAAAAAUAAAAUAAUUAUUUAAAUGGAAAAUCGACACAACUUACUAAAAAUUUCAAAAUUAAGAUAUAAAUCUAGUUAUCGACACAUUUAAUUAAUUUUGCUAAGUAUUGCAAUAUAUUGCAUAUUAAUCAACCUCUUAAACUUUAUACUACAUUUGGAUUGCAUAUUUGCAUGUAUUUAUUUUCCAUUUCAUUUUCAAAAUCAUUUAAUGUAAAUCUGCGGACUAAUUAUUUCUGGUGAACAAUUCAGACAAGAAAUCUAAAAACAAAAGUAUAGCUAAUUUUCUUUCCAAAAUUUAUUAUAUUCUAGUCAAAAUUGUAAGAUGAUGUAAGUGUUAAAUAUAAAUUCAUAGUUUGACCACAAUAUAACAUCAAAAUUUAUAUAAUAAGAUACCAUAAAUAAUUUUUUUUUAUUGACGAUAAAUAUUCUUUCAUGACUAAAUGGUAAAAGAAUAGUCACCAUUCAUUCCGUUAAAAAGAUAAGAUUAAGAAAAAAACUCACCGGUACUCUCUCUCUAUCCAUACAAAGAGGCGUUACCGUGAUAGUAAAGAACCAUCUGGUUACGUCCUAACUCCUGCAUCUGCAGCAUUAUGUACACUCCUUCGAUCUUAUGUGGUUCCAGUGAUAUUUCUCCGCCAACAAAGUCUGAGAAACGCAGAGAUGGUUCCGAUGAGGACGCUGACUUUGAUCUAAACAAGGAUCCGACACCUGAACAGGUUGAAGGACUUGCCGAAAGAGAAGCGGUUACUCCUCUUACAGAGAUGGAAAAGAUUUUGGACUGCCAAAUGCGUCCUAUGGCAUCUAACGAUCUGAAUUCAUCAGAUAAUGUUGUGAAACAAUAUCUUGUGAAGUGGAAGGGGUUAUCUUACCUACACUGCUCUUGGUAUCUCCCGCAUGAUUUUAUGCUAUGUUUGAACAUGCUUAGUAUUAUGUUCAUGGUGGUUUUGUCGUGCAUGCCUCUUGUCUGCUUAUAUCAUCUUUUCCUCUCUUUUUUGGGGUUUGCCAACCACAGGGUGCCUGCGCAGGAGUUCCAGAAGGCCUAUAAGUUCAACCCUCGUUUAGUAUUCAGGGUGAUCAGAUUUCAUUCUGCGAUGGAGUCAAUGAGUAAAAAUGGAGAGGAUUUUGUUUCCAUUCAUCCUGAGUGGACCACUGUUGACCGGGUUAUAGAUUGCCGCGGAGAAGAUGGGGGCAAGGAGUAUCUGGUGAAGUUCAAAGAACUUUCUUAUGAUGAGUGUUAUUGGGAAUCUGAAUCAGACAUAUCAACCUUCCAAAACGAAAUCCAGAGGUUCAAGGAUAUAAACUCUGGUUAUCGCAGAGAUAAAUAUGUAGGCCAUGAGAGAAGUCAUGAAGAUCUCAAACAGUUUGAUCAUACUCCUGAGUUUAUUACAGGCUCAUUGAAUCCGUAUCAGCUUAGUGGGCUUAACUUUUUGCGGCUUACAUGGUCAAAACGAGCUCUUGCAGUCCUUGAUGAUGAGAUGGGGAUAGGCAAAACAAUUCAAAGCAUUGCUUUUUUAGCUUCGCUUUUUGAGGAAAACUUGGAUCCGUAUUUGGUAGUUGCUCCCGUUUCCACUUUGAGAAACUGGGAGAGAGAAUUCGCCACAUGGGCACCACAUAUGAAUGUGGUUAUGUACUGUGGUAAUUCUCAAGCUCGUACUGUUAUUAGAGACCAUGAGUUUUACUUCCCAAAAGGUCAUAACAAGAUGACUGGAAUCAAUGGAGAAAGCAAACAGGAGAGGAUGAAGUUUGAUGUCAUUCUCACGUCUUGUGAGAUGAUCAACGUAGACACAGAAAUCCUAAAACCAAUCAAGUGGAAAUGCAUGAUUGUUGAUGAAGGCCAUCGGUUGAAAAAUAAAAAUUCAGAGUUGUUCAAUUCGCUGAAGCCGUAUACGAGUGAACAUCGCGUUCUAGUUAGAAAGAACUUGGAUGAUGAGGCUGCUGUCUUAGAGGAAGCACACGCUAUAGAAAACAAGUCUUCAACAUCAAAUUAUUUGGAAGAUUCGUUAAAAGACAAGUAUGAAAGUCAGCAAGUUGAGGAGCUCAAUGUUCUUGGAAAGAGGAAGAGAAACCACAAACAGAAGUUUGGCGAAGAUGCGCUUCGUUAUCAAGAAGCUGAACAAACUGAUGGUGAAGCAGCUGGACAGGGAAACCAGAUGGCUUAUUGGCCAUACAAUAGAAGGAACCCCGAAGCGAACUCUGCUCAUGAAGAACCCAAACCAAUUGAUGGUGAAGCAGCUAGACAAGGAAACCAAAUGGCUAAAAGGCAUUACAGUAGAAGGACUCGCGAUACCUCGGAGCCAAUACCUUUGAUAGAAGGAGAAGGGAGAUAUCUCAAGGUGUUAGGUUUUAACGAGCUGCAAAGAAAGAAAUUUAUAAGGACGUUAGAGAGGUACGGAGUUGGCAACUAUGACUGGAAGGAGUUUGUUGAUCCUUUAAAGCCGAGAACCUAUGAUGAAAUUAAAAAUUAUGGAAUACUUUUCUUGAAGCACAUCGUCGAAGACAAAGAUGUUAAUUCUCCAACCUUUUCAGAUGGAGUCCCCAAAGAAGGACUAAUAUGUCAUGAUUUACUUGCCAAAAUUGCCCUUAUGAUGUUAAUUCAAAAGAAGGUGAAACUUAUGAAAAACCAUCCAACAAUCCCCGUUUUUUCUGACGGCAUUAUCGAUAGGUUCCCUGGACUAAGAUUCAAAAGAGGAAUAUUUUCGAACGAUGAAUGUGACAGGAUCCUGUUGCGUGCUGUUUCUAAGAACGGGGUUGGAAGAUGGUCUGUCAUUGUUACUGACAUAGAGUUUGGGAUCAACCAGCUCGUGCAAAUAGAAUUGAACCGCCCUUUCACAAGUUUCAUUACUGCUAACGGAAACGUAAAAGAAACGCAAAUCAUAGUUACUGAUCAUAUAAAAAGACGGUUUCUGAUUCUGAAGGAAGCGAUAAUAAACGAGUUUGCUGAAGAGUACUACUAUGGACAAAAGCCUUCAUCUCUGAUGCGUGCUCAACAAAAUGGUCUACUGGAUGAACCCAAGAAUUUGUUUUCUGAUAAGUUUCGACUAUUAACUGAACGUGCUUUACAUAAGUUUGCGAGGAAGAACAUUUCCAGAAGCUUAAGGGGCUAUGGAAAAAGAAGACGAAGAAGAAGAAGUAACAGAAGUCAUUAUGAUGGACUGAUUUGAGGAAACUCAAAACACCAAGAACCUAUAACCAAAACAUAUGUGAUUGGAUUUGGAAUUAUUGUUGUUUCUGUUAAUUAUUGUUUGGGAUUCGACUGGAUUUUUUUUUAUUAUUCUCAAUUAAGGUUGCGACUUAUGAAGCUAUUUUCUCUGAAAAUACUAUGCUAAACACCCACUUGAAAACAGCUCCAAAUUAACAGCAUUAAGCAUUAAGUACUACUGUUUCAAAUUGUUCCCUUUAAUCUACAUUAUGUGUUAGGAAAUAGCUGCUAAUUAUGUUAUUUUCAUAUUUGAAAUCUUAUGACAGAUGUUUCAGGUGUGUGAAAUUGUGGGAGUAUUCGACUUUUUUGUAAUCAAAGUACAUACAUACUAAUACUCUCAAAUAUUUUGUAAUUUCUAGAAAUGAGUGUAUCACAACGGCUGAGCUUAAGCAAUUUUUUGAUGGUAUUUGUUUUGGUUAUGAAAAAGUUUUAAACGUCAGUUAACCAACAAAUGAUUUAUUCUAUAAAAGUUAAACAACAGGUUAAAGGCAAUUAAACAUAUUAAAUUUCUUUCAAUUGCCGAUUUUUAUUUCGGGGAUAAUUUUCAAUUGAUUGUCAUAACAAUUGUAAGAUGGAUUUUUGGUUCACAAAAAUUAUAAUAAUCUUUCAGACACCAGUAUUAUAGAAACUCAUUAUCAUUUGAUUGGUUACUAUGAGUAUGUAGUACAAUUAAAUUCUUGAUUUUCUUGAAUUUAAACUAUUUUAAUAGUUUUCUUUAAAUAUGUUAAUUUUUGCAUUGAUUCAUGCCACUGUUCUACUUGUAAUCAGACAGAUUGUCUUCCUUUUGAUUGACAACUUCUAUUUUUGUAUAUGAUAUCAAUAGAUAUUAAAUGUGUUUUAUUAUGUGUUCUAGUGUACAUUACUAGUACAUAGAAGAUUGAUAAAUAGAAGCUUAUACUCGCAGUAAUUAAUUUAGCAAAUGACGACUCUAAACCAGUGGGUUUACUCAACUUGAUCAAUCAUGAUAGCUGAGGUUGAUUAACUGUAGUUUAUUCAUUCUAUUUUUCUUUUCAUGCAUCCUCACUACUGUUCAUGGGUUAAUUGUGCAUAAUGAAGCUGGCAUUGACUAUGACUCAAAUCAAAUAUAUCUUGCAAUGUUGGAUUACACUCUGUAUUAGUGUUGGCUCUUGUAAAGAUCAAAGGCAAAUGGGUAGCCUUGGUGAAGCUAAGUCAUGGAAAAACAAAACUUGCAAAUGUAUGUACAUAUAUCUAUCUAGGAUGAUAGUGAAUGUCAGAUUCUCUGAUAGCACAAGUAUUCUAGACGAAGAUGGCGAAGAUGUUAGUAUAGACGAAGGUUUUCCCAUACCUAAACCAUCAUAUCUUCCCCAAAAUAUCACUUGCCCAGUCAUUAAAAAAUCUGGGUGAGAUUCUCAUUUAGAGAAAAAGCGGUAGGUACAACAGUCACUUGUUUAGCCGGCUCCAUUUGCACAUCAUUUCCUUGUCUGACCGAUUGAAAACUCGAUUUGAAAGUACUCGAGAAUUUAAUUGGUUUGACCCGUCUACUUUUACUAUUAGACUAUUAGUAGUAUUUCACAUGUUUUUUUUGUUUUAAUGUUAAUUAAUUACUUUUAGUGUUAAUUAACAUAUCUCUUUCAUUUGUUUAUUUCUCUUUAUGUAGUUCUUGCUAUUGUAUUUUCAUUUUAUAUUUUUUUUCCUAAAGCACAUUCUAAGUCCAUUGUUAUAACGGUAGAUAUUCGUAGUUGCUAGUAAACAAAUAAAACUAAUUAAUAUUAAAAUAGUAAAUAAUGCAUUAUUUGUUAUUUAAUAUUGUAAAGUUUUAAGUUCUUUAUGAUAUAAUGACCAAAACAAGUUACUAUUGAUAUUAACAUAUUAUUAUAUAUAACACAGACUUAAAGAGAUAUAUUUCAGUUUAAACUUAACUGUUGCAUUUUAAAAAUAUAAAGAUUCCUAAUAAUUUUAUUGGAAAUUUCAUGCGUAGAAAACAAAUAUUGCUUAUUAUUUUCAUAGCUUAUAAUAAAUUUUAUUAACAUUAUACAUAUAUUUAUAUUUAUAAAUUUUUGCUUUCUUACUAAAAAUAUAUUAUUAAACAAAUUUAAUAUGUGUUCCCGUCAAAUAGUUUUUCUGGCUCCGCUACUAAGGUCCAUGAAUAUUGCAAAGUGUCUAUGAAUAUUGCCAAGGUACAUGAAUAUUGCCAACUGCCAAGUACUCUUUAAAAGAAUGUUCAUAACGAGCUAUAAAAUAGAUGAUUUGUAGACUAAUAUAGAUUCAAAUCUGAUUUUAUUAUAGUCUAAUCAAUGUUCAUCACGUGUUCUUAUCAAAGUUUGAAAUAUGCUUUCAUGCCAACAUUUUUUGUUUUAAAAAUGCUUUCUAAUUAAAUUCAAAGAGACAUACAAGGUAUGGUUUAACAACCAUAAAAUUUGAGAAAGUACGAUGAGACAUACCUCAUAUUCAACCAAGCAUUAGCUUGUAAAAAAGAAACUUAUAAUACCUAAGUUUAGUGAAAACAAGAGAAUGAUGAAACUUAUAAUCCCAUUUCCAUCAUCUUGCUCAUAGCGUAGGAAAGUGCGUGGAGACGGAUGGAUUGUCCGCUGAAACCAAAUUGGUCUCGAAGACAAUAACAUGUGAUGGAAUUUCUUCCAUAAUAUUAGUUUGAGUAGGAGCAGAAAUUUCUUUCAUGCCAAUUUGGUUACAUUAUUAUUACCAAGCAACUCUCCAUGACGUAUCAUAUUCGGUACGUCACGUUACCGUCCAUUGGCACAUCAAUUUGGUUUUUGAUUUACUUUUACCUUUCAAAGGGCGGGUAUAUUUUUUGUUUUAAUUUUUUGUUGAGAAAAUUAAUUUUUAAAUAAAAAUUAGAAUCUAUAUUAGUUUAGAUUUUGAUCCGCGCUUCGAAAGCACGAGUUUUUUCUGUUAAUAAAAAUAUGAUAUGAAUAGUAUUUAUGACUAUGAUUUAUAUUAUUAAGUUAUUAUAUAAAAUAUAUAUUUUUUAAAAAAUUAUAUAAUAUGUCAAUUCUUUUAUUUGAAAUUUUGAGUGUACAUUCUUAUCUCCAACAUCAUUUUUAUAUUUUGUAUGCAUUUUAUAAGAGUUAAAUUUGUUGACAUAUUUUUGACUAAUUUUUAAAAAUAUAUAUUUUACCAAUGUUUUUGUAUUCGAUUCAGACCUGCGGUCAAACCGGUAAAUUCGGUGAUCUGUAUGUAGUAUGAUUCAUAUUUAGUUAAAAUCUGAUAUUUAAAAAUCAGAUAAACCCGUAAAAAUCCUAAAGUCAGUCACUAAUCCGCGUUGACCCGAUAAAAAUCCAUACAAAUCAGAUUAUAUUUGUUUUAAAAUGAUUCAACUUUUGACAUAUUUUUAAUAGUACAUAAUUUGAAUAAACUAUAUGACUUGUGAUUCUUUAAAUUUUGAUAAUGCUUUUACUAUAUCGUUUAAAUUUAACGAAUUCGUCGGGCUGGCCUAUGGUGGAAGCAAGAGAAGCAUGGAUUAGGGCACACUUUUAUUUUAUUUUUUUUUCUUAGUGAAAUUAUCAUAUAUAUUUUCUCAUUUAACUACAUUCAUUUAUAAUUGUGAUCUCUGUUUUAUUUUUAAACAUGAUUUUGUGGUUUAACUUCAUGCCCCCAUCAUUUUUGUUUACGUAAGUAAGCUCAUUACUCUUCUUUAGUAAAUCAAAGAUGAAAACUGACUCUGGAUGUAAUUGUUUCAUAUAAAUACCAUAUUUUGUUAUGUUUUGAUUGGGGCCUCGAGACAUUUUGGACGGUUGUAACUGAUACAAAUGAGCGGUCGAGAUUAAUAGCAGAAGAAAGAAUGAUCAAGUGGGUCCCGUUUAUUAUGGAGGUGGUUACAAAAUAUAUAGAAUAUAAAUGUAGUUUUUAUAUGUAAUUAGAUAUUUUUUAAGUUGGACACAACUAUUAUCAAUAGGACAUGUUCCUGUUUUAAUAGUAUUGAUAUAUGAAAGCUGAAAGAUUAAUUUUGGAUAACAUAUUGAUAGCGAAUAAAAUGUUUCAUAUUUUUUUUUGUAACUUAAAAUGUUUCAUAUUUUGAGAACAAACAAAUCCUGUCAAAAUAAAUUUAUAGUGGUGAAAAUAGAUAUGAACAAAGUCUAUGAUAGAGUUGAGUGGGCAUUUGUUCAUGCAUUAUUGACAAAAAUAAGGUUUACCCAUCAGUAGAUUCGUUGGAUGAUGGAAUGCUCCCAUCAUUUUAUAUAAAAAAAUGUUAUCAUUUGAAGCAUAUCUACAUAUUCAAAUUUUAUUUAUUAGGAACAAUUCUUUUCCUUUUUGGAAAUUACUAUCAUAUGUGCUAUAUUAUCCUAUUUUCUCAUUUAUUUGAAAUUAUAAAGUAUAGAAUAAUGAUUUAAAAUGGAGAAUCAAAUUAGAACGUAUUUUAAAUUACUAGAAAUUUCAAAAUUAAGAUGCCCCUUUAAUUAUCGACACAAUGUUAGUUUCUAUUGAGUAUUGCAAUGUAGUGAAUAAUAAUCAACCUCUUGAUAUCCAACAAAAAAAAAAUACAUUUGCCAUAUGUCUUUACAAAUGCGGAAACCUUAUCCUCGUGACAUGCAAAUAUGCUAAACUUUAUACGUUUGAAUUGGAUGUAUUUAGUGUUUCAAAAAAAAAAAA